AUGUUGAGAAUUUUAGGUCGAUGGCGAAGAUUUCGUCAUUUUAUUUGGAGAUUAAUUAUAAUUAUUUUUCUUAUUUCCUUUACAACAACAUGUAUACUUUAUCAGUUAAUGACAGAAAAUAUUGAUAAUGUUUCAUUAGAUAUAAAUAUCAAGAAUAAUAAUGAAAAUGUUAAAAAUGACGAAUCGACAUGUAUACUCAGUAUGGAAGCCCAACAGGCAAUUAAUCGUGCUAAAAGUCAAUAUUGUAAAUCUGUUUUAAAUAAUAUCUCAUGUCAAAUUACAUCUACAGAAAACUUCUUUCCGGAUAAAUUACCUCGAUAUUGUCCAUGUAAAGACAGUAUUAAUGGCGAACUCAUUGGAUGUUUAUUAAGCAAUAUAAAUGAUCCAAUAGAAAUAUAUAAUACAAGUGCAGUAUUAACAUCAACCACCAUGUGUAUUGAUUACUGUUUAAAGUAUAGCAUGCCUUAUGCAGGUUAUGAUUUGAAAAAUCGUUGUACCUGUUUUUCAUCGUUUAACAAGACAAUUCUUUCUCAUCCGAAUAUAACAUGUCAACAUUAUGUAAAUAAAAAACGGCAAUCAUAUAUUAAAUUUCGACGUUUAAUAACAAUAUAUCGAACAGGCUAUAAAGAAUGUUUAAAUCGUUUAGAACGAAAAAAAGCCAAAAAAGAUGCAAAUACAGUAACAAUUGUAUUUUUUUUAACAAUUGGUGGACGACAUCUUCGACAAAUAAAACGAUUUAUAAGAAUAAUAUAUAGUAAAAAUCAUUAUUAUUUAAUUCAUGUUGAUUCUCGUGAAUAUUAUAUAUAUCGUGAAUUAACAUAUUUAACACAAUCAUAUUCAAAUAUAAAAUUACAAUAUAAUCGUUAUCCAACAACAUGGGGUUCAUCAACAUUAUUAGACGCACAUUUAGAUGCUUUUCGUCAAUUAUUUAAUGAUUUAAAAUGGUCAUGGAAUUUUAUUAUUAAUCUAAGUGAAACAGAUUUUCCACUUAAACCAUUAAAUGUUUUAACAACAUUUUUAUCAAUGUAUCCAGAAUAUAAUUUUCUUCGUUCACAUAAUCGUGAUCCAUUAAAUUUUACUCGAUCUCAAGGUUUAUUACAUACAUUUGUACAAUGUGAAGAUUAUAUGUAUAGAAUUGGUCCAAGAGAAUUAAUUAAAGAUAUUGUAUAUGAUGGUGGAUCUGAUUGGUAUUGUUUAAAUAGAGAUUUUAUACAUUAUAUUAUUAAUGAAAAUGAUAAUUUAUUAAAUGGAUUAUUAAAUACAUUUCAUUAUUCAUUAUUACCUUGUGAAGUAUUUUUUCAUACAUUAUUAAUUAACAGUAUUUAUUGUGGAUCAUUUGUACGUAAUAAUCUUCGUCUUGUUAAUUGGAAUCGAGAUCGUGGAUGUAAAUGUCAACAUAAAAAUGUUGUAGACUGGUGUGGUUGUUCACCAUUAGUAUAUCGAAUAGAAGACAAAACAAUAUUGAGUAAUACGUUUGCUAAGCCAUUAUUUUUUGCAAGAAAAUUUGAUCCAAUUGUAGAUGAAGAAAUUAUUGACUGGUUAGAUCAACAAGUAUCGGGAAGAAAUUUGACUGGAGCCUCUUUAUAUCUACAUAAUAUGUUUCAUAUUUUGGAUGAACAGUCUACAACGGACUAUUUAAUCAAUGCUUUGAAACAUUAUAUAUCUUUAAUGAUUAUUCAUCAUCAUAGUAUUUGUCCUGAUGCAAUAUCCUACUCCUCACUUGAAAUACAACAAAUUCAUGCAACUUUCGUACUAUCUAAAUUUCAAGGUUAUGCAAUACAUUAUAUGUUGAAUGAUAACGAAUUUGAACUUUUUUUACAAGCAUCGAACAAUUUUGAUUUUAAAUCAAGUGAAGUUCGACGAUUUGAAGUAGGCACCAUAUUUGAUAAUAAAGAAUUAAUAUUUCGUGACUAUGGUAAAACAUUUAUUGAACCUAAAACAAUUAAAGUAUUGAUUGAUUGUGAACGAACAUCAAGAUUAUGUACAAAUGGAACAUUAAUAAUAUCAAAUCCAUAUCAUACUAUUUUACAGCGUAUUAAAAUUUUUUCUUUAACUUAUCCAAUUAUUAUUGAUAUUGUAUUUCAAAAUCAAUCAGAUACUAACGGUAUCUGGUCUAUGUCAAUUUUAUCAAAUGUGAAUGAAAUGAAAUUGGCGGUAAUUAAUUUUCUUAUCUUAUCAGUACCAUUGACAGAGAAUAAUAUUAAUAGUAGUAAAAAUGAUUUUAUGAAAUUUUGGUCUAUAAAAGAUUUUUGUUAUAUAAAAUCAAAUAUUUUUUGUGAAUUUAAUAUUACAACAAGAACAAAUUGUACAUUGAAAAAUUGGAGUUUUAUGUAUACUGAUAUAAAGUCAGAUUGGACAGAUGACGAUUCUAUUCCAUCGUCAUUAAAUCAAAAAGUGAAAAAUGAACGAAAGAAUUCAACGAUUUAUAUUCCGAAACGAUAUAGUGAGAUAUGUUCGUCAAAAGAUCAUAAUCAUAAACAUUAUAAACCAAAUAUUUUGGCUGCACGAUUAUCACGAAAAGAAAUUGAAAAAUGUGUAACCAUAUCAAACAGUCAAGAUCAUCAUGUUGUUAAUCGAAAAAAUCAUAAACUAAAAAAAUCCUCUCUACCCAAUGUUGGUCGUCGAUUAUCAGCAAUAAAAAAUGAUGGAUGCGCAAAACAGCAACGUGUUUCAAUUGAAAAUAGAAAUAUCAACGAUUUUGUUAAAUCAACGAGCACAAACGAACUCGAUUAUGAUAAUAAUAAUAGGACCGUUCCGCGACACUAUAGUUGCAAACGUUUUUCAGCUGAUGCUGAAGCAUUGGGAAAACGAAUGGAACUCGCCAUUGGUCAGGAGAUGCUGCAUUCAUUUAAAAAUUCACUGUCAUUAGAACGAAAUUUUCAUUAUAAUGGUAGAAAAAGUGAUAUAAAACCUAAAAUAACAAAACAACAAGAUUCAGAUAUUAUUCAACGAGCAAAUAAUUUUCUGGUAAUGAAUCGUUCAAAAUCAUUUAAUUUUCCUACCUCAACAGCAACAAUGGAACAGCAUAUCAUUCCAAGAAUAAAUCAUAAGACGAACCUCUAUGGUUUAACUGAAAUAUCAAAAGAAACAAAUUCAUCUGAACCAUCGCCAGAUUAUGAUGAAACGGAUAAUAAUAAUAUUGGUAUACAAACAGUAGACUGUGAACAAGAAGUGGAGCCUUUACCUGACUAUGAAACGGAUGAAAAUAUAUCUAAUGUAUGUAAACAACAAACAUGUAUGUCAAUCGAUGAAGUUGAUGAGUUUGAACAAACACAUUCACCAAACAGAUUAAUAUCUGACGAUUCAUCAGUUAUGCCGAACACAUCUCAUCCAUUUAAAUCAUCUACAUCUUCUUUUGAUAAUGAUUCUUAUCAUGAAUCACUUCAAACAAUUUUACAACGAAAAGAGUCUGAGUUAUUAGAAAAAGUACCUGAACCACCGUUAUCUUCAACUAAAUAUUGCCAAACUUCGACACCACCAAUCGCUCCACCCUUCCCUGAAACAUUAGUUUCAUCAACAUCGAAUAUCAAUGUUCGUUGUCGGACAAUAGCUGAUACUAUUAUGUCAUCGAGAUUAUUAUUGAAAGAGAAGAAAAGUUUAUCACCAAAACACUCAAACAUACCUGAAGUAACUUCGAAUACAGCAGAAGAUAAUAAAAAAGAAAUAAUGAUUACCCACGAAAACGAACAUGGUCGAUCAUAUUUAUCUACCUCUACUUCAUCAUCAAAACAUCCAUCAUUCUCUACUACAAAAACUAAUUCUUGUUCACAAUUAAACAGCAUAAUAUCUAACAAUAACUGUUAUUUUCGUAUAUCGAAAGAAAUUCUUGAACAGACAACCCUAAGAAAAGUUACACCGUCUACUUCAAAACCCUAUUCUUCAUAUGGUUCUGUAUCACAGCUUAAUUUACAAAAUGAAACAGUAUCAACUUCAUUGCGGCGGAUAACAAAGACAUCAAAUGAUGAUGAUGGUGAUGAUGAUGACGAUGAAAAAGACGAAGAGAACUCUUGUCCAACGAAUAGUAAAUAUGAUUAUGACUAUGAUCAACAAUCGUCAAAAGUCUAUUCUGAAUAUAAAAAACGUACAUCACUUUUAAUCCCCAGUCGCAUUGUUCAUCCAUUGCAUUCACGUACAAGUUUUUCUUCGAUAAUGUCGAUGGAUCAUCAAAAUGGCCGAACAACUAAUUCAUUUGAAAAACGUGGACCUCCAGUAGCCGUUAUUAAUCAAUUAAACGAACAUUUUUCAUCACGAUUUAAACAGCCUCAUUUCAGUUCUGUAUCAACAACGAGUGUUUGUUAUGAUCAACCUCCGCCUUAUGGACGAGUGAACACACCACAACCAGUUUACGCCGAAGCGAAUGAACGUGAUAGUGCUUUAUUAUCUAAAAAUGAUAUAUUAGAUGAGUGUGGUCUUAUUUUACCACCGCCUCCUCCACCAUUGCCUGCUGGUGGCUUCAGACCCGUUACAAUACAAUCAAGUCGAAAUUCUCAUCAAAGUAAUUAUUCACAAAGAACAUCGGUGAUGACAUUGCCUCAUGAACAUGUACCAUCAGAGAAUGGUACAUUUACAUCAUCGACGUCUACAUCAAGUAAAUUAUCUGAUACACGAAUUUUAAAAGAAAUCAUAACAAAUCCAUUAUUUAUCAAAGCAAAACAAGAACUUGAACGACCAUCAUCGAGAAUUUUAACAAAAGGAAAACAAUUUCCGUCAAAAGCUAACAGUUCAUCUAUGAUAGCAUUAAGUGGUACUGAUGUAUAUGUAAAUCAUGUAGAACGACCAGUACCACCAAGUGUUUCUUCAACAACAAAAACGAAACAAAUAUCUGAAGCUGAGAGUAUAACACUUGAUAUCACUGACUUGAAUUCUGCCUUAACACUCAAUUUACCAACAAAACGUUCAAAAUCUGUCCGAAUUGCUGAUACCCAACCAUCGGUAAAUAUGACAUCAAAUUGCGAUUUAAAAAGUAAUUCAUGCGAACGAAUGCCUAUAACACAUCGAUCUCAAACAUUUAAACUACCAGUAGCAGUGCAAAAGACAAAAAUCACCAAUAAAACCUCAUUUAAUGGAAAAUGUUUAUCAAGGCAUACAUGUUCAAAUAGUUUAGUAGAAACAACACGUACAUCAGAAUUAGAAACAAUAUUUCAAAUAAGUGCCACAAUGAGAUUAUAG